UACGGUCAACAAACGCCUCGUGAAGCGCCUCCCCCCCGGCAGAGCCCGACUUCCAACGAGAAUUCAGGGUGCAACAUUGAAGAGGAACAAAAAGGCGACCUGACAACGGUGUCUGCACUCCCUCCACUUUCUCCGGGGUAGUUACGGGAUUUCAAUGUUCAGCCUGAUCCUUGCUUUCUGUGUCGACUUCAGCCGUACCUAUAUGGCGUGUGUGACCGGAGAAUUCUGCCAGGCACAGCACCUCACCUCAGCGGAGAAGUGAAUCGGCCGCCCCCCGAGGGACUACGCUACCCAGAAGCCCCCCUGACUGCCAGCACAUUAGGAACUGCUGACUCUUCCAAAAGGCCCCCCCUCUGGGAUAUUGCGUAGUCCUUGGCCUGACUGCCCCGCCCUAUCCCAACCAAUACGAAAAAGAUUUGCUUUCCACUUUCUCCUUGAACAGCCAAUCACAAACAGCUCUCCUGAAUGGGCCGUCUCGCCAACAUGAACCGCCCCGCUGCAGUCGAGAUUAAACAUGAGGCCAUGAGGUUCCUUAUCACCCACAAUCCCACCAAUGCUACGCUCAACAAGUUUACUGAGGAACUGAAAAAGUUCGAGGUGGACACGCUGGUGAGAGUUUGUGACGCCACCUACGAUAAGGCUCCAGUGGAAAAAGAGGGCAUCCAAGUCUUGGACUGGCCCUUCGACGAUGGCGCCCCUCCUCCAACGCAGAUCGUGGACGACUGGCUCAAGCUGCUUAAUACAAAGUUCCGAGAGCAACCUGGCUGCUGCGUCGCUGUGCACUGUGUGGCAGGCCUGGGCAGAGCUCCCGUCUUGGUGGCCUUAGCCCUCAUUGAGGGAGGAAUGAAGUAUGAAGAUGCCGUGCAGUUCAUAAGGCAGAAGAGACGUGGAGCCUUCAACUCCAAACAGCUUCUUUACCUCGAGAAAUACAGACCCAAGAUGCGUCUGCGGUUCAAAGAUAACGGCCACAACUGCUGCGUGCAGUAGGCCGCCUGUCUGUGCAUCCGCUUUUAAUGCACAUAGAGUUCGGAAUCUUCCAAGAAAGAGGAGAUUUUAACAAAACUAAACAAAAAAAAAGAAAAAAAAAAGAAUGCUAUCAGUAAUUGUUGUGAUGAUUUGUAAACACUGAGUCAUGGUUAAUUGAUCUGAGAGAAAUCGAACGAUCAAACAAAAUGAAACUAGAUUUGGGGGAAGUCCACCAGCCGAACCAAUGAACCGAAGGUCAAAGCACACAGAUGGGCCUGCCUCCUGGUUCUACAGCUCAACCAAACCACGGGCCAGAAUUUCUAUUUUUUUUUUUUUUUUUUUUUUUUCCCCACUCGAGUCCAUCCUGUACUUGUCUUUAUUCUUUUUACUUAAAGUGUAAUCAUGGGAUAUUACCUUCCAUUAUGUGAAUUUUUAUUUUUACACAUACAUGGUGAAGAAAUGUUUGAUUCUGUUUUUAUUUCCUUUCAUUCUUAUCAGGCUUUUUUUUUUUUUUUUUUUUGUAAGAAACAUGUCUAAACUUUAAACACAUUGUGAUUGUGUUUUCGUUUUUGCACAAAACUCAAAAGGUUCACCUGAAAAUGCAGUAAUGUUCUCAUGUUUUUUUUUUUCUUUUCUUCUUCUUCUUUCGCUCCUCACUCGCUUCAAGUCACUUUCAGUUUGGGGAUUCACCGAGCCUGAAUAUAUCAUAUUUAUUCGCAAGAGACGUGUGCUAGUGUUGAGUUUGGCAGGGGCAAGGACACUUUGUUAUCCAUUUUAUUUUUUAAGUAAAUAUGUAAGAGCCAUGUUUCUUUUUUUCCUUCUAAGUCUUGUUGGAGUGCAAUAAUUAGUCCACCUCAGAUAAAGCCCACCAGAACCUGCUGAGCAUCCCACACACACAACACACAACACACACUUGCAUAUACGCAAACGUUGCAGACAGGAAGUAAGAGCUGCUCCAGCUUGUGCUCCUCCGGCUGUCAUUCACUCUACCAAAUGGUCGUGUGGGGGCGCUAAAGGAUUUCCCAAACAAUAAAACGCAGAUUUCAGGUCUCCCACACUGAGGCACAGGAUCUGGUCUGACAGACGGGGUGGAGAAGAAUGAAAAUGGUCAGUUUUUUUUUUUUUUUUUUUUUUACCAUUGUACCCAUUUUUUGAAGACAUCCGCCCCUCCCCAAUUCGUAUUGGUUCUUUAAAGAUAAAUAAAUUGAAAUAAAAAGCA